AGCGUCUUAAACCAGGUAGAGAGCGAGCUCCGGUGGUCUCGGCGUUUCGGCGAAAGAGCAGAGAGGGAAGUGCCUCCAUGUCGGACAACCAAAGCUGGCAUUCCUCCGGCUCAGAAGAAGAUCCCGAGACAGAGUCGGGGACGCCUGUUGAGCUCUGUGAAAUCCUCAGCAAGUGGACCAACUACAUCCAUGGGUGGCAGGACCGCUGGGUGGUAUUGAAAAACAACACUCUAAGUUACUACAAAUCUGAAGAUGAAACGGAAUAUGGCUGCAGAGGCUCAAUCUGUCUGAGUAAAGCUGUUAUCACACCUCAUGAAUUUGAUGAAUGCAGAUUUGAUAUUAGUGUAAACGAUAGUGUUUGGUAUCUACGUGCUCAGGAUCCAGAUCAUAGGCAGCAAUGGAUAGAUGCAAUUGAACAGCACAAGACUGAAUCUGGCUAUGGAUCAGAGUCAAGCUUGCGACGUCAUGGCUCUAUGGCAUCCCUUGUUUCUGGAGCAAGUGGGUACUCUGCAACAUCAACCUCUUCAUUCAAGAAGGGCCACAGUUUGCGUGAGAAGCUUGCUGAAAUGGAAACCUUCAGAGAUAUAUUGUGCAGACAAGUUGAUACAUUACAGAAAUAUUUUGAUGCCUGUGCUGAUGCUGUCUCGAAGGAUGAACUUCAGAGAGAUAAAGUGGUAGAAGAUGAUGAAGAUGAUUUUCCUACAACACGUUCAGAUGGGGAGUUUUUGCAUAAUGCUAAUGGAAGUAAAGAAAAAUGGUUUCCACAUGUUACACCCAAGGGAAUAAAUGGUAUAGAUUUUAAAGGUGAAGCUAUAACUUUCAAAGCAACAACAGCUGGAAUCCUUGCUACACUUUCCCAUUGUAUUGAAUUAAUGGUAAAACGUGAGGAGAGUUGGCAGAAAAGGUUGGAUAAGGAGGUUGAAAAAAGGAGGCGAAUAGAAGAAGCAUACAAAAAUGCAAUGACUGAACUAAAAAAAAAAUCUCAUUUUGGGGGACCAGAUUAUGAGGAAGGUCCCAACAGUUUGAUUAAUGAAGAAGAAUUCUUUGAUGCUGUUGAAGCUGCUCUAGAUCGUCAAGACAAAAUAGAAGAACAGUCCCAAAGUGAAAAAGUCAGAUUACACUGGCCAACUUCCCUGCCACCUGGCGAUGUAUUUUCUGGUGUGGGGAAUCAUAGAUUUGUCCAAAAGCCCUAUAGUCGCUCUUCCUCCAUGUCUUCCAUUGAUCUAGUCAGUACCUCUGAUGGUCACAGAUUCAGCUCCCAGGUGGAAGAGAUGAUGCAGAACCACAUGACAUAUUCGUUACAGGAUGUAGGGGGUGAUGCAAACUGGCAACUAGUGGUUGAAGAAGGUGAAAUGAAGGUGUACAGGAGGGAGGUAGAAGAAAAUGGCAUUGUUCUAGAUCCAUUGAAGGCCACACAUGCAGUCAAAGGCGUUACAGGACAUGAGGUCUGCCACUAUUUCUGGAAUGUUGAUGUUCGCAAUGAUUGGGAAACAACCAUUGAAAAUUUCCGUGUUGUAGAAACUCUAGCUGAUAAUGCAAUCAUCGUCUACCAAACACAUAAGGUAAUAUUUAGCAUUGUUUCAUAA